AAAUUCACCGGUAGUUGUCUUACAUUUAACUUGUAAAUUUUUGUUGUUGAAUGAAGUGAAGUGUUUAUAAAUUUACCAAUUAAACGCAAAAAGGUAUCGUUACAAGUGGUUAAAGAACUUUUUUUUAUUGGAAUCACAUUUAAAAUUUGAAAAAAAUGCGUGAACUGGAGCUUUCAGAUACUAACAAUUUUGCUAACGACGCCAGCAAAAACGCCAACAACAACAACCACUUAAUAAUGAACAACGGUAUCAGCAACAAUGGCGACAGCCACCACAUUGAAAGUAGUGGCAUUCAAAACUUUGAAUUCGUACCCGAAGGGGCUACAAACGUCGGAAGCAUUUCACAAGAAGCGCAACCGCAGAAUCUGCUUGACCUCCAACCACCACAACAAAAUUUGGAAUAUUACCAACAGCACGAAUUCUACCAGCAACAAAAUGAACAACCUCUAGAAUAUUUCCAACAACAACAACUACAUCACGAAGAAAAUAAUCAACUUUUGGAAUGUUUUCAAGACGAGCAACAACAGCCGCAAGAAUAUUUUCAAGAACAAUACCAACUUGAAGAGGACCGCAAACAUCAACCACAGGAAUACUUUCAAGAAGAACAAUACCAACAUGAAAACAACGAGCUACAGCCACAAGAAUACUUUCAAGAUCAACAAUAUCAACACGAAGAACUCGCACAGAAACCUGAUGAAUAUUUAGAACAACCGCAUAACCAGCAACUACAUCAGCAAGCAGAACUUGAACAACAAUAUUACUUCCAACAACAACAACAACACGAAGAGGAACAACUACAUGACCAAUCCUACCAACAACAAGUUGAUGAAUAUUUUCAACAACAACAACAACAGCACCAAGAACAUGAACAUGAACAUGAACAAGAGCAUGAACACGAACCACAACAUGAACAACAACACGAACAACAACAUGAACAACAACAUGAACAGCAACAUGAACGAACCCAGGAAAUUCAUCAACAAAUACUACAAAAUCAACAGCACCAGCCGCAGCCGCAGCAGCAGCUGCCGCUACCAUCCCCCCCACUGCCACAACAGCUUGAAACUCAAACAACAGCAAUCCAACCUAAACCGCCAUCUCCAAUAUCUCCGAAGCCAAACCUCCAACUCCACCUUCAGCAAGAAGGACACGAGAAACUGCACAAUGAACCAGUGAACAGGGGUGAACCCGUCGAAAAAGUUCAAGCCCCAGACACUGCCAAGGUCAUGAAACAACUUUUCGAGUCGGGAAAGCUGGCUGAAAGUCGCAACGUUCAAAAAACUCUUCCGGAUGUUGAUUUCGAAGGCAGGACUCCUGGCUCCGGUGUUUUUGAAAAUGAGCCAAUCAGAUUGGAGGGUGUCGUUAGGUCGGAUGACGUCAUUGUACCGGAAGAAGAACUAAAAAAUGUUUCGACGAGAAGCAAACUAGAUGAUUAUUUAGAGAAAAGUAAAAGUGAAUUCGUGAUAAAGAGAGCUCCUGUUAAACUGGCUGAAGACGAAGGAAAGAUUAUAGAAAAUGCCCCGACCGUGCGCACUGACGUCACCAGAGAGCAGGACCAAUCAGAACAGGAGACCAUCUUGCCCCAGGAAGGGCAAACAAAAGCCCUGAAGCAGCAAUGGAUGAGCAUGAAGAAUGAAUUCGUUAAGGAGAACAAGCCGAUCAAGCUGGUGGAGAGAGAGGGCGAGAAAAGUGUAGUUGAGAACGAGCCAGAAAUACGAAGGGACGUUUUGAGAGAAGAGGAUCCACAGGCAGACGAGAACGAAUUGUUGAAACGUGGACUGACCAACAACUUGAAAUCUUACUGGACUAACUACAAGGAUCGAGAAAUAUUUGCUCGCGAUAAUCCUGUUUUAAUUCCUGGACCUGAUGGCAAAACAGCCUCUGUGCUGGAAAACGAUCCGAUUGUCUUGGAGAACGUUGCAAGAGAACAAGAUCUUUCCAAAUUUGAAGUUGACAGCAUUGAACGUGGGAAAGCAAAAGUUUUGGCAAACAAAUGGAUAUCAAUGGAUGACAAGUUUCAACCGAAAGAUUUCUUCAAUAUGGAGACGGAAUUAGCAACAAGUAAGAACGCUGGAGUGUUUGAGAACACGCCAACAGUGGUUAGAGAUGACGUGGUAAGAAGCGGAGAGAUGGUACAGGAGGUCGUAACUAAGGAAGGUGUUGCAAAGCUCAUGUCGGAACGAUUCAAAGAUUCAGAAUUUUGGAAUCCCAAGUCUCCGAAGAGUCCUCCAGUCUUGGAACUGGCUGAAGGUCCAGGAGUUCACGAGAAUGUUCCAGCUUGCCCUCAUCCAGACAUCGUCAGAUGCGACGUUGAUUCCGAUCAAGUAAUUCUCUCAUCUCUCCGCCAAGGGCUGACCUCUGACCUCGUGGGCAAAUGGAAGAGGCAGGAUGUUGUUGGUGCGCAGUUGUCCAUGCCUGACAAGUCAUAUUUCCACCAGCCCAGCAAGCUGCUGGAGAAAGAAAGAGCCAGUGACUCAGGCGUGUACGAGAACAAACCGGAAGUGAGGAAGGAUGUUUUCAGAGAGGAGGACAUAGAACCGGAAAUGGUGUCGGCAUCGAAAACAAGAAAUCUGAGAGCUAUGUGGUCCAAGAUGGGAGAAGAACAACCAAAAAAAAGUGGUGUACCUAAGCAAAUUCGUUUCACGCCACCACGCGACAAAUCUCCACCAUCUCUGACGUCACCCGAAAAUGAAUACAAGUCAGUUCACAACGUCAGAUUAUCCGAUUGCUAAUCUUUUUAUACAACUAUUUUUAAUAAUUAAUAAUUAUUUAACUGUUCGCUUUUGGAUGUGUUCGUUUGUUUAAAUUUAAACAAAAAUUAAAUUUCCAUUUACGUGAAGUAUAUUUCAACUUUAGUGUCGUCUUGUGUGUGCGGACAUUCGUGUCGUGUUGUUUCACCGUUUAAUUUUUUUAACAAGGUGAUUUAAAUCAUAUGUCAUUAGUUUUGUUUAUUACUGAACACAAACUAUGAUUUGCAUGUUUCUUUCUUAAAUGUUUAAAUUUGAAUUAUCAUUCAUUACUCUCUCUCUCUCUCUCUCUUUCUCUCUCUCUCUCCUCUCAACCUGAAUGUGCUUUUGAAAAUUUGUCUUUCGAUCGAUUCAACAGCUAUGUUGUGUACAAACCAUUUUUUUUUCAAAUUGAAGUCGUCCUCUCAUUAUAUUUCAAAAUAAAACAUCUCAAAACA